AUGCUAGCAGUAGUUUGCAAAACCCGUCAAGGUGUUAAAGCGCUGGAAACAUAUGACAAACAGGGUUUGAUAAAUAGAACUUCGAGCCUUCAUGGACUUGGAUCUUCUAUUUGGGAGGCCCGUGGAUGGUCCCUUUCUAGUGUUUUGUCUUCAAAAUUUGUCGUUCCAUAUGUUGGUGAGUUUGUGGCUAAAGACCCAAUGGGGAGGCUAGAUCUUCUAAAACCAAGAUUAGCCAAUGGGAAACCUCCAUUAGGCUUUCUUGGUUUUGCAAUGAAUAUGAUCUCAAUUGAUAGCGUGCACUUGCAUUGCAUCUCAAAUUCUAGGAAUGGCCUAAUAAAGACACUAUUCUAUAACCUCUUCUUGAAUUUGCAAGUGUACAAAUCAAGAGAACACAUGCUAAAAACCCUUCCUUGUACAACUAAUGGAGCAGUAUCUCUUGAUGGUGGGAUGGUUGUGGACUACAACAGGUCGGUUCCUUAUGAGUUAAAACUUGCAUCUAUAGGUUUAAAAAGAUAG